CAGCGACUCUGACUCUAGUUCCAGCGACUCUGACUCUAGUUCCAGCGACUCUGACUCUAGUUCCAGCGACUCUGACUCUAGUUCCAGCGACUCUGACUCUAGCAGCGAUUCCGAGUCUAGUAGUGAUUCUGACUCUAGCAGCGACUCUGAUUCUGAAGAUAGUGAUUCCGACUCUAGCAGUGACUCUGAUUCUGAAGAUAGUGACUCUGAUUCUACUAAGAGUUCUAAGAGUUCUAAGUCUAGUAGCUCAUCCUCAUCUAGCAAUAGUUCCGACUCUAAUAGCUCAAGUAGUAAUGCUGAUACAGAUAUUACCAUGGUUGAUGCUAGUAACUCUCCUAAACGUAAAGCAGAAGAUGCUGCUGAAAAUGAACCAUCACCUAAGAAAGCUAAUAGUAUUAAAAAAGAAAAGAAACCUCGUAAACAAGGUACACCUUUUCAAAGAGUCAAGCCUGAAGAAGUAGAGUUUUUAGAUGAUCGAUUAAAAGAUAACUCAUAUGAAGCCAAAGGAGGUUCUGAUGUAAAUUCAUAUGGAUGGAAAGCAUCUCAAGAUUUAAUUAAGGUUCGUGGAGAUCGAUUUAGAGCCGAGAAAAAUAAAAAGAAGAGGGGAUCCUAUCGUGGCGGACAAAUUACCUUUGAAAGUCAUAGUAUCAAAUUUGAGUAAAUUAUUAUAGAAUAAAUUAUAAUAGUAACACUACUUUUUGCAUAAUGUGUGUACAAGAUUAAAGUGCUGAUAAGCAGAUGAUUAUUUUGUGAAUUCAUCUUUUUUUUUCAAUUAAAAAAUAAAAUAAAAUAAAAAAUUACUUGUAAC